UGGUCACCCCCAGUUGUAGCCUAGGCGCUCCAUUCCCCUUCGCACGCCUCCCCGUCUCUCUUUUUUUUUCUGCCAUCACCUCCCCCCCCUUCCCGCUUUCCUUACCCUCUUCACUCUCCUCCUCAUAUUAUCGACACACCCAAAAACGCCAGGUCCAGGGUUUCGCCCAAGCACCACUCGUGCCAUCAUCAACUUCAUUUUCAACGUCUCGUCUUCAUCACCAGCUGUUGCUUGCUGCAGUGCUGCCACAGUUUUGGCCUCUUCUCAGCCGACGGGCCCCCUCAAUCUCUGCCCUUGCGCGCAUUGCCAGCGCUGCCAGUUUUUCUGACGCCUUUUUUGCUCCGUCAGCAAGCCGUGGCAACCUCGACGCAACAGCAACACCCGUCCCCCCCUCCCCUCGCAGCGGCCAUCAAUCUGCUUUGCUUGCGACGCCAGCAGUAGAAAGGGAACGUAACGACUCGGCGGGGAAUUGAAAGCUGCCAUCGAUAUAUUUUAUCAUACUAUUUUAUUGUAUUUAUUUUGCCACUCCAGCCGCAAACUAAACCCUCGCACCGCCCUCGGUCCCUCCCAUCUGCUGGACUGUGCCGCGCUCAUAUUCCCUCGCUCGCUUGCUCCAAGCCCGCAUCCAACACCACGACUGAGCCACGUCUAUCGCAUAUCGACGCUCGCCCAUAAUGUCUGCGCUGGGCUCCGGCUCCAACGCGCACGCCGCCUUGAACUUUUCUCAGGCUGGCAUCCAACGCGGCGGUGCAUUUCCUCCCACACACCCCAACCAGCAGAAUAAACAGCAGCCUUCCCCCCAUGCUGGUUCGCCGUACCAACACCAGGCCUAUACCCCGCAGCAGCAGCAUCAGGGUGGUUACCAGCAUCUCUUUUCCACCCCAAACAAUGUAAAUGGAAAUGUCCCCAACGGGCCUUCGCGGACUCCCAAUCCGCAUGUGCCCAAUGCUCUGGGCGUGCAGCGCCAACGUGCAGCCCCUCCGCGACAGCAGAUGCAGUCUCAGCAUAACCCACCCCCCAUGAUGUUUCCUGGUUCCUUGAGCCAAUCUGUUCAGCAUGACAAUAUUCUCUCGCAUCAGCAACAGCAGCAACAUCACCAGCAGCAACAGCAACAACAACAGCAUCAACAGCAUUCUGUUCACCCCGGGCAUCAGGCACGCCAGCAGCACCAACAACAUCCUGCCCAUCCUGGCCACCCCGGUCACCAGCAGCAUCAGACACACCAAAGCCACUCGGUACACCCCGGCCAUCACACACAGCAGCAACACCCAGCGCACUUGGCCGGCCUGCAAAACCACCAGAGCCGUCAGUCUAUGCAACACCAGCAGCAGCACCAACAAAACCCGUCACAGCAGCACCAACAACAGCAUCAGCAGCAACAACAACAUCAGCAGCAGCAGCAUCAACAACAACAGCAGCACCAGCAACAACAGCAACAACAGCAGCAUGCCCAACAACACAACCAACACCAGCAAGUUCAGCAGCAGCAGCAGCAGGCUCAGCAGGCUCAGCAGGCUCAGCAGCAACCGCCUACGCCAGUCCCCCCUCCUGCCCAGCAAAUGGCCCAAUCUAAGAGCCAGCAAAAAAACCAACAGGCGCAAAAGAUGCAAUCCACACCACAGCAACAGCCACAGGCGCUCCCCCAACAGGGUGAAGAGGCCGCUGGCGACGAUAUGGACAUGGAUAAUGCUGAUGGAGAUGGUGAUAGCACGCUUGAGAAGCUCCGCAACGACAGUUUUGUGCCCACACAACCUAUGGGUGAGAUGAUGUCGCCUCCACCUGAGGGAGGUAGCUAUCCCACCCUUGAAGCUGUUAAGAAGGCAGUGCUCCGAUACUGCACGUCGGUUGGAUAUGCUAUUGUUAUUGGCCGUUCCAAGAAGACCGUCCCCGGUCUGAAGAAGGUCUUGUUCGUUUGCGAUCGCGCUGGAAAGCCACCUAGCCGUGUCAACCCUGAAUUCAGAAAGCGCAAGACGUCGUCCAGGAAGUGUGACUGCCCAUUUGGCUUCUUUGCCAUUGAGCAGAGAAUGCAGUGGACAAUUCGAUAUCGCCCUGACCCAUCCCACUUGACUCACAACCACGGCCCAAGUGAAGGGCCGUCGGAGCACCCGGCUGCCCGAAAACUGGAUAGCAAGAUGGUGGCGGCUGUCAAGCAGCUCAAGGAAAACGGCACAUCUGUUCCCGAAACGCUACAGAUUCUGCAAAAUGAAAACCCUGAAUGCCAUUUACUACGACGCGAUAUAUAUAAUGCCCGGGCAGCCAUCAAUCGGAACCCACAGAAAGUGGCGGCUGGCAUCGCGGAAAACCAACCGGCUAUAUACACCAAGACAACACAGUCUCAAGAAGACCGCAUACGAGCAGAUUUGCGGCGAGAACUCGCUAAAGCGCGGGAAGACAUGAAGGCUGUAGAAGAAGCCAAGCAAAAGGAAAUCGACGAACUCAAGGCCAAACUGGAGGAGAAGGAAGUGCUGAUUCAAAAGUUUGAAACCUUUAUUGAUAUUUGCAACCAGAGAGUCAUGAUUCAGCGCGAGAGACUAUCUGGACCAGACGGAUCACAGUCUGGUAUAGGAAACCCGCUCGGCUAAGUGGCGGCGCGUUGCUGUUGGACAGCGAUUAGACCAGCCCUGGGUGGCCGCGCUGUGUUAGACAAAAGCCAACACUUUGUCUUUUGAUGAGGCAGUCAUGUCUAUACGUUUUCAAAGGAGACCCGCAAUCAUAUAUGGCUCGGUGGUAAUUAUCUUUUGUGCUUGGUGGCUAUGAUGCACUUUGGCGCCGGUUUAGGCUUGUUUUUGGAGUUUCUUCACAUGGGGGGUAUUUUCCCAUGGGGGGUUCGGUAUCAUGUCAUUUAUUGUUAUUUAUUCUUAUGCUAUUCGGGAGGAGUAUUCGUUUAUUUUGGGCUUGGGACAUGUACGAGGAUUUGCAACGCAUGAAGAAAGGAUGGGAGGAUAUAUAGGGGAUGUAGGCAGACGCGAAUUUGAGAUUCAGCCACGUUUGUAUGAUAUAAUGUGCUUUGUGUGUGUGUAUACUCGUG